AUGAAUCCCUCAAAUGAGCAAAUUUGGGAGAAGUUGACAGAAACAAUUUUAAAUGAAUGGCUCCAAAGGUUAUGUAAAAGGUUUAAUUCUAAGAAAGCUGCUUCUGUUCAUAUGUCUUCAUUAAUUUCAUUGCUGGUUAAUUUGGAUAACCAUUGUAAAGAAAUCAAAAAAUAUUCAAACAUAAUUUUCUCAGAUUCUAUUGUUCCUAUAAGCUUUGUAAAGGAGGAGUGCAAGUUAACCUUUAUACUUCCAAAUCUGCUUCGUAUUUUGAAUGCUCAUAAUCGAAUUUGGGGGGCAUUUUAUGAUGUGCCAGACAAUUACUUUAGAAAGUUUGCUGAUUUUAAUGAUGCAAUAAUAUCUCCAAACAAUAUUCUUGGUUAUCAUGAAAAUUUUAACGUAUUAUUUAAUAUUUUAUUUUGUCAUUCGGACCUCACUAUAUAUGGGAUGUAUAGUACCUUUUCAUAUUAG